AUGACCGGGGAAGGCGGCGGUCGGCCAGCCGAGGACCAGCUCGGCGGACCGACUUGCCAACUCUCGCCGGACCAGGUGGCCGACCAGUUGGACAACGUAUCGCUGCAGCGCGGGCCGGAGCGCGUCUCCAACUCGAGCCUUUUCCAGCGGUUCCUGGAGCAGCUCAGCUUGCAGUGCAGCAGCGGUUUGAGAUUCAACUGCGAGGCCUCGGGGGAAUGCUGCGCGCCCUGCAGCGUCGUGCGGCGGCACAUCGCCACGUACGUGGACGUCGCCAUGCUUGAGGAGAUCGCCAUGUCCCGCAGGCAGGCGGACCUCUGUGGCUACCUCUACUGCAACAGGAGCGUCGCCAACCGCGGGCGCCACGCGCGGAACGAGUCGACCUACAAGAUCGACCUCGCCGCCAGGCAGGUCUACCCGCGCAAGGUAUACGAGUCCUUCUGCAGCGCAGCGUGCAUAGAGAAGAACGCCAGCGUGGAAGCGGCGGCCGCCAAGUCGCCCAUGGAGACUGGCGUCAUCACUCCGCGAGCAGUGCGCAACUCCAGCCCAAAGUCGCUGCAUGCGCUGCUCAGCGGUUUGCGCCGCCUGCAACCCUGCGCCGGAGUGGCCGCGCCCAGCACGCAGCCCCACACAACCUGGGUCCCUCUACUCUAUCGCACCCGUGAGCCAGAGCAGGUCAAGGACAAGUGCGUCAUGUUCAACUACAAGCCCUUGGCCGAGGCCAAACGUGUGCACUUCGACCUCCCCGACCCGCCCGCAGAGCAAAGCGCAACUCCGCAGCUCGCUGGCGUGGGGAGCUGGCUCGGCGAGAAUGACAGGCCGCGGAAAGGCAGCGUCGCGCGCGGCCAGGCGGCGGGCGCCGCGGACACCGACUCGCGCCGGGCGGGACUCACGUCCCCGGCGGAGGAGUCAGCCUUCGACUACAGCGGCCUGUACGACCCCUCGGAGGCCGUGAGCCCGCGCGCGCCGCUGCUGAAGUGCCUCAACCUCUUCUCGAUUCUGUGGUACACGCUGAGCACCUGCCUGACGUACAGGACCCGCGAGUAUCUGCGCUCAGGUGCGCUCACCGGCUGCAGCCUCGACGACAAAACUAGGCUGUGGUACGCGACCCUUCUGCGGCACUUGCCCGAGGACAUGGUACCCACCGUCUCGAAGGAGUUCGAAUCGAUGCUGUCGACCUUCCGCAUCGGGAACAACACCCCCGUGCUGAGCGAAGACCUCUACCGCGUGCUGGCGUACGUGCUGCUCUACGCCCUGCUGCGCAACCGCGGGCAGGUGCUCGCCGCGGGGCCCGGCAGCGCCCCGAUCGACAGCUACCUCCGAGACGUGGAGGCGUACCUCGUUGAGACGUGCAACCUGGACGUGGACUCGAUCCAAAUUCUCAACGAAAUGCUCACAGAGUGCGAGUGA